AUGUAUGGUUUGGAAUGUUCUUUGCGUUUGCCCUUUAAAUUAUCCACAAUCUAUAUUCACAUUUUUUCCAAGACUGGAUGGUAAGAAACUUCCCAAAUUGCUAGUCAAUUCUGCACAGCUGCACAGUCACCUUCUGAUUAAAUCUGAAAUGACAACUUUUGAUUAAGUCCAACUCUUUCCUUCUAAAAUGACUGUACAGGCCAUUAAAUAUUAUGGAUGGGUCUGAUAAAGUUGUCUGGUGCUGAGCUGUAAGCAGAUUAUGGACAGAGAAAAGUGAUUAGAAUUGUGAGGAAGACGGGUGCAGGGCACAACGAAGUUACAGGAAAGUUCACAAAAGCUAAGAAUCCUCCUUUCCGAUUACACAUGGCUUUCUGACAAGUUGCAAUCAAUUUCAGUACGGUGGUUCUUUGAUCCCUCUGUCGUUUAUGGAAUUGAAUAUAAAUGAGAGGAGUAAAGAAAGGGUAGGAGCAGCAAAUCUAUGCUAUAUGGUAGACAGGAGGCUUGUGCUUAGUGAUUAAGUUUUCUCUUUCUUUUCAUGGAGAUCAUGCUGAGAUUCAGUGCUAUACUGCUGCUUGCCUCUUUAUGGUGUAUCCCUUUUUCAGAAGCCAGAGGUCGGAACUUAGUGGAGCGUUCACCUGCUCUUGGAGUGACCUAUGGACAAGUGGCAGACAAUCUUCCUCCUCCAUCUGCAGUGGCACAGUUGGUCCAGAGCACACGUAUUUCAAAAGUGAAGCUCUAUGGAGCAGAUCCUGCAAUUCUCAAAGCCUUUGCAAACACAGGAAUUGGGAUGGUUUUGAGCAUUGCUAAUGAUCAAAUCCCAGCUCUGAACCAAUUGUCUGUAGCCCAAGAUUGGGUUAAGAAUAACGUUGCCCCUUUUCUUCCUGCAACUAAUAUCAUUGCCAUUACUGUUGGAAAUGAGGUUCUUUUUAGUGGAGAUAAUGCCCUGAUCUCCCAGCUUCUUCCAGCAAUGCAGAAUCUACACACAGCCCUUGUUGGAUCGUCACUUGACGGGAAAAUUAAGGUCUCUACACCUCAUUCUAUGGCACUACUUUCCAAUUCUGAACCCCCGUCUGCUGGACGAUUCAGGGACGAUUCUAUGGCCGUCACAAAACCCCUUGUGGACUUCCUUCAUCAGACAGGGGCCCCUUUUAUGAUUAAUCCAUACCCUUUCUUUGCUUAUAGGAGUGAUCCUACCGACAGUACCCUUGCCUAUGCAUUAUUUCAGUCCAGCACUGGGAAAAUGGAUUCAAACACAGGUCUUCAUUACACCAACAUGUUUGAUGCUCAAGUUGAUGCAGUGUACUCAGCGUUAAAAGCUCUGGGUUAUACAGACAUGGAUGUGGUCGUGGCAGAAACAGGGUGGCCAUCUAAAGGAGAUCCUAAUGAAGCAGGGGUGAACAUACAGAACGCAGUUGCUUAUAACGGUAACCUGAUCAAACAUAUAACCUCUAUGGUAGGGACCCCUCUGAAGCCCAAUAGAACCAUUGAAACCUUUAUCUUUUCUCUAUUCAAUGAGGAUCAAAAGGGUGGACCAACCUCAGAACGCAAUUUUGGGUUAUUCAAAGCAGACAUGACUAUGGCUUAUGAUGUGGGCUUACUACAAUCCCCGACAGCAAAACCAACUCCUGUCCCUUCCACUGGUACGCCUGUUACAGCUCCUCCCACUGCGAGAGUCUGGUGUGUUGCUAAGCCUGGUUUGGAUGACCAAGCACUGCAGAAGAACUUGGACUAUGCAUGUGGGCAAGGCGUUGAUUGCAGACCUAUUCAACAAGGGGGUCCUUGCUUUGCACCUAAUACAGUGUCAUCCCAUGCUGCUUAUGCCAUGAAUGCAUUGUACCAAACUGCAGGACGGAACAGUUGGAACUGUGAUUUUUCUCAGACAGCAACCCUUACCACCGUAGACCCAAGUUAUGGAAGCUGCAUAUAUCCACAUCCUUGAAGUAGUGAUUGACUAGAAUAAAAUGCAUGAUCUAUGAUGCCAUUGAAAACACAAUGGUCAAGCUAGUAUUCUAUUUCUAUGUGUGACUGUAAACUUGACCUGCCAUGGGUUCAUAUACUUAUAGCCACCUGUAGCUGCAAGUUAUUGUAUUUAUGUAAGAUUGACAUGCAAAUGCAUAAAAAUCUAAAAUUGUGUUGAUGCUUAAUGCUUCAAUGUAAUAAUAAUAGUAAUAUCAAGAUGCAUCUGUCUUUUUAAUGCAUCAUAAAUAAUUGUUCUCACAGAAUGUUCAAUGUAAGGCAAUUUGAGUGCAAAGCUUGAUUUGAAUGCUAUCUUGAAGGUGAGAUGGAACGAUAUAAGAAAAUGUUGGAACUUUGUAAGUGCCUUAUGCACAAUUCAAUUACAGGCAUGCAUAGCAGCAGGGAUUUCUAAUGUAAACGUUGAAGUUUUCCAAUCUGAAUGCCAAUUUGCAAAAUAAGUUAAAUUAA